ACCGACCGGCCGUGACCUCGCGCGCGUUGCCUCGCCAGUCGCCACACGUAACCACGUCUCCAACCUUUUGAUCGCUUGCCUGCUUCCGCACACCUCCAACCAUGGAGAUCUCCGCCGCCACGGCCACCGCCGGCUCCUCACCGCCAGCCAAGCCGCUCCUCCUCCGCCCACACGCCUCCUCCACCCCCGCUACCUCAUCCACCACCACCACCACAACAGUCCGCCGCCGCGCCUCCCCCUCCGCCUCCGCCACCAUCCGCCGCCGCGCGCGCACCCGCCCCCGCACCCGCCGCUCCAAGACCCUCUCCGGCGGGGGCGACUCCUUCUCAGGCCACGACGGGGACGGCCCUUUCGGGCCCGGCAGCGGCGGGAACGGCGGCGGCGGUUGGAACUAUGGGUUCGGAUCCGGAUCUGGACAGGGCUGGGACUCGUCGGAGCCCGGCGUCCCCGCGAACCGGCGAUCCGCGGCGGAGGUCGCGCUGGGGGUGGUCUACGAGCUCAUGUGCCUCAUAGCCUUCUCCAACUGCACCCAGUUCGCCGUGCGCAGGCUCGCGGGGCUCCUUGCCGCCCGCGUCGCGGCGCUGCGCUUCGUUCCCACAGUCUGCUGAGCCGGUGGAUCCGAUCCGGCGGUUAGGUUUCUCCUGAUGUCGGCUCUCGUCCCUCUACCUGAAAUCAUGCUUGUGUAUAUAUGUGCGAACCUGUGAUUGUUGGGGCUGGGGGAUCUUUGUUCCUUGUGAUUGCUUCUGGCCAUCCGUGGAAACAAAACAACAAAUUCGUCGAAUUGAAAUGGAACAACAUACUAUCAACCAAGACCUUUUCUUUUCUUGGGCUAAUAUUGGUUGCGCAAUGCAAAUUAUAUUAGCAACUAGUUUGGUGUAAGCAACUGAUACUUGUGUAAUUUGUAAAUAUAAGUUUGCUGGAAUCUUCCUUCUGGACUCCAUAAA